UAUUGUUAUUUUUUUAGAUAUAAUUUGAAUUUCAUGUUAAGGAUGCUGGAACCCAGAAGCUUGGAUUUUAUCUAUGGUAUAUUCUUAAUGGCCUAUUGAUUUUUAACUGUAAAAGAUCCAAACUAUUUAACCUUUGAAAGUGAGAAUUCGGUUUGUGAUAUAAAGAAAAAUGUCCAACCAACGUUCAGAAUUUCAUUUAUCAAAUAAAAAUAAGAAGUUCUUUGAUUUGAUUAAAGCAAAUAGUAAAGAUAACAAGAUUAAUAAAGUUUCUAACCUCAAUGAUAAAAUUAAUAAUAAAUUUGACAUUAAAAAGCCUUUAAUGAAAAAGCGAGGUAUUAUUUACUUGGCCACAAUACCAAAGUAUAUGAAUGUAAUAAAAAUUCGUGAAAUUUUUUCUGCUUACGGAGAAAUUGGUCGUGUAUAUUUACAAUUAGCUAAUAAAUUGGAAGGUAAAAAUGCAAAAAAAAAAUUAAAAACACCGGUAAAACAUUUUACAGAAGGAUGGGUUGAGUUUGAAAAAAAAAAAGUAGCUAAGUUUGUUGCUAGCACAUUAAAUAAUUGUCAGAUUUCCUGUCAAAAGAAAAGUAAAUUCUAUGAUGUUAUAUGGAAUAUUAAAUAUUUACCUCGAUUUAAAUGGACCCAUUUGAGUGAAAGAUUAGCAUAUGAAAGAGCUAUUUAUAAACAAAUAUUAAGAACUGAAAUUUCUCAAGCAAAAAAGGAAGUAAAUUUUUUUUCAUUUAAUAUUGAUAGAAGUAAAAAAUUAAAAAUAGGAUCAGAACUAGGAAAGUCAUCUAACUUUGCUUUACCUCAAAUUUACCAAAAAGAGACAGAUAUCAAGAUAAAAGAAAAUGAAAAAAAACUAAAGUAUAAAGACAGAGAAGACUUUUUAAAAGCUUUAUUUGGAUAA